AACAGCUGCGGUGUGCGCAUGCGCCUCAGCUGUCACGAUUCGACCAUCGCUGCGGCUUCUGCGGUGGAAACAUGGCGAUGCGGGCGCUCAGAGGGAUGGUGAACGGGGCCAUGACCGAGUUUUCAUCGGCCGUCAGCGGGAACAGACCGACGGCCGCCGCUCCGGUCCACCCGGCCGCCGCCUCCGCCUCCAGGGAGCAUGCGAUGGCUGUGAGCCGGGAUUACAUCUCCCAGCCCCGCCUGACCUAUAAAACUGUUUCUGGAGUCAAUGGUCCUCUGGUGAUCUUGGAUCAAGUCAAGUUUCCAAAGUACGCUGAGAUUGUCCAUCUCACUUUGCCUGAUGGUACCAAGAGGAGUGGGCAGGUGCUGGAGGUCACUGGCUCCAAAGCUGUGGUGCAGGUGUUUGAGGGCACUGCAGGCAUCGAUGCAAAGAAGACCAGCUGUGAAUUUACUGGAGACAUCUUACGGACACCUGUCUCUGAGGACAUGUUGGGGCGCGUGUUUAACGGCUCUGGCAAACCCAUCGACAGAGGACCGGCAGUGCUGGCAGAAGACUUCUUGGACAUCAUGGGCCAGCCCAUAAACCCCCAGUGUCGCAUCUACCCAGAGGAGAUGAUCCAGACCGGCAUAUCUGCCAUCGAUGGCAUGAACAGCAUUGCUAGGGGACAGAAAAUCCCCAUCUUCUCUGCUGCUGGGCUGCCACACAAUGAGAUCGCAGCUCAGAUCUGUCGACAGGCCGGUUUGGUGAAGAAGUCCAAGGACGUGAUGGACUACAGUGAGGACAACUUUGCUAUUGUUUUUGCAGCCAUGGGGGUCAACAUGGAGACUGCCAGGUUCUUUAAGUCAGAUUUUGAGGAAAAUGGAUCUAUGGACAAUGUCUGUCUGUUCCUCAACCUGGCCAAUGACCCCACCAUUGAGCGAAUCAUCACUCCCCGUUUAGCUCUGACAUCAGCGGAGUACCUGGCCUAUCAGUGUGAGAAGCACGUCCUGGUUAUCCUCACCGACAUGAGCUCCUACGCCGAGGCCCUUCGAGAGGUGUCUGCUGCCAGAGAGGAGGUGCCGGGCCGCCGAGGUUUCCCUGGCUACAUGUACACUGACCUAGCCACCAUCUAUGAGAGGGCCGGCAGAGUAGAGGGCCGCAACGGCUCCAUCACCCAGAUCCCCAUCCUCACCAUGCCCAAUGAUGACAUCACCCAUCCUAUUCCUGACCUGACCGGUUACAUCACUGAGGGACAGAUCUAUGUGGACAGACAGCUUCACAACAGACAGAUCUACCCCCCCAUCAAUGUUCUUCCAUCUCUCUCUCGACUGAUGAAGUCUGCUAUUGGGGAGGGAAUGACCCGCAAAGACCACUCUGAUGUUUCCAACCAGCUUUAUGCAUGCUAUGCCAUAGGGAAAGAUGUGCAGGCCAUGAAGGCGGUGGUGGGAGAAGAGGCUCUUACUGCUGAUGACCUGCUAUAUCUGGAGUUCCUUACCAAGUUUGAGAAGAACUUCAUUUCCCAAGGAGCCUAUGAGAACAGGAGUGUGUUUGAGACUCUGGAUAUCGGAUGGCAGCUCAUGAGGAUCUUCCCCAAAGAAAUGCUGAAGAGAAUCCCUCAGAACACCCUGGCUGAGUUCUACCCCCGGGAAUCCAAACAUUAGCUACACACACGUGCACACACUCCACUUCCUGUCCUCUAAUCCGGCUGAGGCCUCACUCUGUAUAUACAGUGUAGUGUUGUGACGCUGUAACCAUGCCGAUGCUUGCUGCUUUCAUCUGACGUUGAGGGUAAAUCAUCCCGGCAUAAACAGAAGGAGAAAAAAAGAAUGGACUUUUAGAAGUUUGUUUCCAGAGUAAAUGUCAAGAGCUUCUGUGGAGAAUAAUAUAUACAUUAAAUGUGUGUCAAGAAAAUGAUUUGGACAUAAUUCAUAAAAAGAUUUAUGACUUAUAGAGUGGCAGAGUUUAAGUCCAACUGAGGGCUCGGUUCUGAAGUAUACGGGAGCGUUAUUAUUUACUGAAUGUCUGCAUCAUUUCUGUCAUCGCAUGAAGAAAACUAUGUGCUUUGUGUGUUCCUGUCCGUGGCAUAGAAAAUCUGAUUGAAUCUCAGGAAGUCAGAGUGAGCUAGAGUUGAAUAAAAAUACCAAAAGAAAACUGCAGAAAAGGAGCAAGUUAGUAAAUCAAACAGCUUCAUUUUGAUAAUGUAAACUUCAUUAAACUCACCUUGUUCUGCUGGGCCCAGUUUUGUUCUUCUAACUGGAGCAUUUAAACUUUUGGUUAGACUCUCUUACCAGUUGCAAACAUAUCCUGUAUAGAUGGUUUUAUAACAGUGAUCUGGGUGCAGUUGUUCCUGUGUAUUGUUGAUAUCAUUUUGUAAAUUUGCUCCAUUGUUUACUAUGACAGCUCACAUAAAGAAAAGCAUAAAAAAUGCUUUAGAAUACCAAAUAAACAGGCCUGAGCUUCUCAAAAGCUUCUGAGAAUUUUUGAUUCCCAUAAAAAUUUCUGCCAUUCAGCAGCUUUGUCAAGUAUUUAAUCUGUCAUAAAGAAACUGUUUGUUGCUCUGAGUUUAUAACCAGCAAGGUAGAUGGAUGCAUUUUAACGCUCAUAUCAGUAUAAAAUCAGAUAACAAGCCAGCCGAUCCAUUCAUGGAAACACAAUCCAUUCCUGGUUCCUUCGGCUUUUCUUGACAGAUUCUUGUUAUGGAGGUGUCAGUCAGAACGGGCUCUCAUCCAUAGGACAGCCUGAGCUGUGCAGUUCCAUUUCCCUUUACAUAUGACAGAAAAAACAGGACAACAUCCAUUUACCAUGCAAACAAAGACACUGGGUUAUGGAGACAAAUCUGUCUCGUUUAGAACCAGACCAGAGAGAAAGAACCCAGAUUGCAGCUGCAGAACUGACCAAAUUUAAUUUACAAUUCUGUUAACAUUUCUUUCAAAAUGAACAGGUUCUCCUUACUUUGUGUACGAUUAGAGCACACAUUUAAGAUCUGAUGGGUCUGACAGAAAGUCAGCUGAUACCUUGGGCUGUCCCUGAAUAGACCAUCAACAUCAUAGAAUGAAUUAUACAUUUAAGAAUGUACUGAAAUUGAAUGAUCUCACCUCAAUCUUUUCUCUUUUUUUGGGUGGAAAUCUGUUAAAUGUUCAGUUCUGCUCUCAGCACUUGUCAUAUUUGAUUUAGAUCAUGUCAGAUAUGAAGAGAACUCAAUCAAUGAAGCCAAAUUAUAAAAUGUCUUCUGGCCUUCUUAAAAAGCUUUUAAUUUAACCGUUUUUGUUUGAGUCCAAGUAUAAUUAUCACUUUGUUAUAAAGUUCCUUUGUUGCCUUCAGACCAUGAGCUGAAUUACUGUGGAUUGUAUUUGUGUGAGCGUUUGACACUGAUUGUAAACUCAACAUGUUUAGUUGUGUGUUUCGUUGCUGUCUUUAUAUUGAACAUCUGCUGCUGAGUUUUAGUUUUCUCCCUCAGCUCGUCCUGUGAUUGGUUGGAUGUAUACAUCAGAUGUCAUCAGUCAUGUCUACCUUUACUUCUCAAUCAACAGUUCCAACUCUGUAUUUAUAAAAUAUUUAUUUUUCUUCAGAUUUAUUUCUAUCAUCAUUUAAAGACAUUAGAUGUAAGAUAAAAAAGUUCAUUUCAAAGUUUAUAUGUAGGUUAUAGUUUUAUAACCUGAGGGAUUCAGACUGCUUUGUUGCACAUUGAUUGGACAGUAUGAUGGUGACAGACCCUCGUUGUCUGAUCAGAGCUCUUUUUUGUUGUAGUGAUUAUUGUUCUGAUGGUCCUUUUAAGCCAGUCAUGCCUGAAGUUAAGCUGCCUGGGUUUUAACAAUACGCUCCAUGUGUUGGAAUGUUGGAUGUCUUUAGGUCAUGAUUGUGUAAAGUAAUGUCUGUUCCUGUUCUCUGUGUACAAGUCGUUUUAAAAUCUCAUUCAUCUGUGUAAACUGUUUGUGGUUAUGUGCUGUGAGCUUAUUGAUUGGUUCAGAAGAAAGUGCAUGCUUUGUUACUAAAUGUCUCUUGUCGUUGCCUCGGGUUUCAUGUCUGACUGUGAAAUAAAGGCUGCUGCCUCAGUA